AUGAAAGUAUCCAUUGCCGUCGCUCUUCUUGCUUCUUUUGCACCCACCGUAAUCAAAUGUGACGACACUUUCAAGGCAUUUGAGACCACAGAAGAGUUGAAACGAGCUGUCCAGAGAGUUCUUGAUUUGGGAACCGAGGCGCUUGUGGAGUAUGGGCCCAUGAGCGCAUGGAAAGUUGAGAAGAUCACCAACAUGGAUGGUCUCUUUGCAAAUUCAGAUUUUGAGAGGGAGUAUGACCUACGUGAUUGGGACACCUCCUCUGUAACUUCAAUGAAUGGAAUGUUCCAGGGCAGUUCCAUUAGCAACAUGGGCGUCUAUGGCUGGGAUGUUUCCAGAGUGCAAGACAUGUCAUCAAUGUUUUCUCGUUCAGCUUACAAUACUGAUUUGAAUAAUUGGGAUGUCAGUAAAGUUGUACGCUUCUCAGCCAUAUUUGAGGAAGCAGCAGAGUUCAACCAGGAUAUUUCAGGCUGGAAUGUGAAAGCUGCCACAGACAUGGAAAACAUGUUCGCUGGGGCAGAGAAAUUCAACCAAAAUCUUUGCAAGUGGGGCCGAGUUGUCAAUUCGGCGAUGGUUGAAUCAUUCGAUUCCAUGUUCAUCGGAACGUCAUGUGAAAUUGAGUUAGAUCCAGAUAUGUCUCCUUCAUCUGCCCCAGCUUGGUGUCAUACUUGUAGCAAGUAG